AUGUUGCUUUUUGACGCUGUUUUUCUGAUUGCGGUAUCUACGUUGGUCUUUUAUUGGCUGCGACUGCGUUGGUACACUACCCAUCUUCGCUGUCCCGUCUUCAAAUUCAAUAUAUUCUUUGGAACAGAGAGUGGAACUGCGAAACGAUGCGCCUAUCGCCUUGAAAGCAUUCUUUCUCACUCUUCGAGUGCCGAUAUAUCCGUGAAUGAUUUGACAAACUUCCGCAGGGAUUUGCUCUGUGAUGGGAAACUCGGCUUAAAUAUUUUCAUCGUGGCCACUUAUGGAGAUGGUGAACCGCCGGAUAGUGCAAUAGGUUUUAGCAAUUGGCUUCACACGCUGCGUGAACCUCUUUCAAAUUUAAAUUAUUCAGUAUUCGGUUUAGGUGAUUCCGGUUAUCUCCAAUUCAAUGAAUUCGCCAAACGAAUAGAUCGUCGUUUGGCUCUCUUGGGUGGUUCCCGCAAAAUCCCGCUUUACCUUGGUGACGCAGCGCGCAAUUUGGAGGCUGAUUUUCGUUCCUGGCAAAUAUCUCUUUGUCAAUUGUAUAAUCUGACCGAGUGCCAUGUUGAUGCGUCCAUGAAUAUCAGUGAAAAAUUUACGUUUACCCAUCUUCCUUCCGCUGACGUUGAAAAGCUUGGAGGGUCAUUUACUGGGGAGCCUAAACAUCGUCUUUCAUUUCGCUUUAAUGCGCCGCCUUUUUCGCCGGAGAACCCAUUCUUAGCUGCCAUUAUUACCAACACGGAGCUGUUAAAUUGUACUGAUCGGUCAUGCCGUCUCUUAGAGCUAAAUCUUAGUAAUUCAAGUAUCAAAUAUGCUCCCGGUGAUCGUUUGGCUGUUCUUCCGCAGAAUUCGAAGGAUCUCGUUCGAAGGCUGUGUGCUCUUUUACACGUUAAUUCCGAGCAGCAUAUUUAUGCAACAAGUCUUGCAGGUUCGACUAGAAACUGCUUCAACUGUUUCCCCACACCAUGCACAUUUAGGACAGCAUUCACCCACUACUUGGAUCUGACCACUCCACCUCAGUUCGAUCUCAUUGAGUGUUUGGCUCAAUGUACGAAAUUUAAAGGCGAGCGAGCAUUCCUUCAAAAUCUCAUUGCUGCACGGGCAGGAGAUACUGGAGAAGAGGCUUACGAAAAGUGGAUUUUGGCAGCGAGACGGAAUGUCGUUGAGGUGUUGGAGGACCUGCCCUCCUGCAGACCGUCGGCUGACCUCCUCUGUCGAAUGCUGCCACGUCUUCAACCGCGUUUUUAUAGUGUGGCCUCUUCCUCCCGAUAUCAACCUGACCGAGUGCGCCUUAUUGUCAAGGUCUUGGAGUACACAUCCCUCAGUGGACGAUUGCACAAGGGAGUUGCUAGUGAUUUUCUUUCCAGUAUGCACUCGGGUGAUUGUGUGGCAGUCUUUUUGCGAAGAUCGGAGUUCCGAUUGCCUCGAAAUCCGUCAACUCCAAUCGUGAUGGUCGCGGCCGGCACGGGUGUUGCUCCCUUUCUUGGCUUCAUUCAAGAAAGAACAUUUAUCAAGUCUAAAGGUGGAAGGUUGGGUGAAGCUAUGCUAUUCUAUGGCUGCCGCAGUCGCAACCAGGACCGCAUUCUCCCAAACGAGCUAGAUGAUGCGCUUAACAGCGGCGUGCUUUCUUGCCUUCAGUUUGCCUACUCACGGGAGCAGGCGCAAAAAGUUUAUGUGCAGCAUCUUUUGCGUGACUAUGCUGAAACCAUAUGGUCUCUUCUUAAAGAUAAAAGCGGUCAUUUUUAUGUUUGUGGUGAUUCUAGGGGCAUGGCUCAAGAUGUAAGGCACACUUUGCUUGGAAUAAUCCAACAACAGGGCUCUCUAACGUCAACCGAGGCUGAAGAAUUUUUCCAAGAAUUGAAAUCGGCCAGGCGUUGCAUGUUCGAUGAUGAUUCUGCGACAAGAAUUCUGACCCUCGUGGUGCGACGCCUCUUGUGCGCGGUUACAUACGUUUUGGUCUACUUUGUAAUGUUUGCCCGAUUUGACAUUGACGUAUUGCCUUUCAAUAAAGUGUCUACAUCAGGCUAUAUAGAAAAACAGUAUCAGAUGGCUCUAGUAUUGCCCAAUCCAAAGACGGAUGGAAGAUUUGUUGCUGGACAACACCGACAUCCGGGGGAUUUUACCUGUGCCAAGUCCAUCUAG